AUGGGCAAAGCCCGGCACCUGAUCCGGGGCGCGCGACUGGGCUGCCAGCAGGGAGCGAUCGGACUGCUCCAUCGGUUCACCAAAAACCUGUCACCUGACAAGAUCAAUCUUAGUACACUAAAGGGAGAAGGUCAGUUGACCAAUUUAGAAUUGGAUGAAGAAGUGCUUCAGAACAUGCUGGAUCUUCCGACAUGGCUUGCUAUAAACAAGGUCUUUUGCAAUAAGGCAUCUCUUAGGAUACCAUGGACAAAACUGAAAACUCAACCCAUUUCUCUGUCCCUGGAUAAAGUAGUAAUGGAAAUGAGUACUUGUGAAGAACCACGUGCCCCUAAUGGACCAUCACCUAUAGCAACUGCAUCAGGACAGAGUGAAUAUGGUUUUGCUGAAAAAGUGGUAGAAGGAAUUUCUGUUUCUGUGAACUCCAUCAUAAUCCGGAUUGGGGCAAAAGCUUUUAAUGCUUCCUUUGAACUUUCCCAGUUGAGAAUAUAUAGUGUAAACGCAAACUGGGAACACGGUGAUCUAAGAUUUACUCGGAUACAAGAAUCUCAGCGAGGAGAGGUACUGACUUUUAAAGAAAUCAAUUGGCAGAUGAUCAGAAUAGAAGCAGAUGCAAUCCAGAGUUCUCAGCAUGAAAACAUGUGUGCUCCUGUUCGAUUGAUUACCAAUCAGUCAAAAAUCAGAGUCACACUUAAAAGAAGGUUGAAGGAUUGUAAUGUAGUGGCAACGAAACUGGUUCUGAUACUGGAUGAUUUGCUUUGGGUUUUGACUGAUUCACAGUUGAAAGCAAUGGUACAGUAUGCUAAAUCUCUUAGUGAAGCAAUAGAGAAAUCCACUGAACAAAGAAAAAGCUUGGCUUCUGAACCCACACAGAGUUCUGCCCCUGCACCCAGCUCUCAGCAAGUGAAAGCACACCAGACGUCAGCAACACCUGAUCAGAAUGAUGCAAUUGUAAAAUUGUUCAAUGAUUUUGAUGUUAAGGAAACUUCGCAUCAUUUAGUAAUUUCCCAUUUGGACCUGCAUAUAUGUGAUGAUAUUCAAUCCAAAGAAAGAGCCUCAAACAGGCGUAUUACUGGAGGUGCGAUGCAGCUUUCCUUUAGUCAGUUAACUGUGGACUACUAUCCUUUUCACAAAGCAGGAGACAAUUGUAGUCACUGGAUGCAUUAUAAUGAUGCCACCAAAACCAGAAGUGGAUGGGCCCAAGAAUUAUUACGUGAGUUUGAAAGCAACGUUGAAUUACUUAAACAGGCCGUGAAGGAUCAUAACAUAGAUUCUCCUACUAAAUCUCCACCUCACACCUCUCCUCAAAAUAUACAAGCAGGCAAAGAACAGAUGCCUAAAGGAACUUCUAGGACUUCUGUAUCUCCCCAGCAACCAAAGGGUAAACUGGUGUCUAGUCCUCUUGUGGUUAGACUUGCAGAUUUCAAUAUAUACCAGGUCUCUACAGCAGACCAAUGUCAUUCUUCCCCUAAAACACUAAUCUCUUGCAAUAAAAAGUCACUUUAUCUUCCACCAGAAAUGUCAGCUAUUCAUAUUGAAUUCACCGAAUAUUACUACCCUGAUGAAAAGGAUUAUCCUAUUCCAGCUCCAAAUUUGUAUGUCCAGCUGAAUGCUCUGCAAUUCACUCUAGAUGAGAGAAGCAUUCUUUGGCUAAAUCAGUUCGUGUUGGAUUUGAAACAGAGUCUUACACAGUUCAUGGCCAUGUAUAAAUUAAAUGACAACUCAAAAUCUGACGAGCAUGUUGAUGUUAGAAUUGAUGGACUAAUGUUAAAGUUCAUCAUUCCAUCUGAAAAGAAACCUGAAAUCCAUAAAGAUCAGCCACGUGCCAUAUCUAUUCAGAGUUCUGAGAUGAUUGCUACAAACACAAGACACUCUCCAAACUGUAGACACUCUGACCUGGAAGCCUUGUUCCAAAACUUUAAAGAUUGUGAAUUUUUCAGUAGAACUUUCACCAAAUUUCCCAAAUCCAAUAAUUUUAAUCUUCUGCAUCCAGUCUUCCAGAGACAUGCUCAUGAACAAGACACUAAGAUGCAUGAUGUUUAUAAGGGGUAUGUCACCCCAAAGCUGAAUAAAUAUGCACUAAAAACAUCUGCAGCUACUGAUGUCUGGGCUGUGCAUUUUUCCCAGUUUUGGAUAGAUUAUGAAGGAAUGAAAAGUGGGAAAGGCCGACCAAUAAGCUUUGUUGACUCAUUUCCACUCUCACUUUGGAUUUGUCAGCCAGUAAGAUUUGCAGAGUCACAAAAGGAACUGUUUUCUUAUAAUCAGACCUCUUUUAACAUUCCAAAAAGUGACUCAAGUGACCUCACUAAUAGACUACAGCGCAAAAAACUUUUACAGGAAUAUUAUAGGAGUGAGACGGAGCCCUUGACAAAUGGCAUUCAAAAACUUUGUUAUUCAGAAAGCAAUUCAGGGGCUCUGUCUGCAAGUUCUUCGGAUGCAGAUAUUCAUAUCCUUGUUCAUAUUGAAAAGCACGUGAGCAUGCAAAUCAAUCACUAUCAAUAUCUUUUCUUGCUGUUUCUCCAUGACUCUCUUGUAAUGCUUCUAGAAAACCUAAGGAAAGAUGUAGAACAGGUGACAGGCAAACCUGCAAAGCAAACAGAUGUUUGUAUCGGGAUCUUACUUAAAAGUGCAGACAUAGCUCUUUUAUUGCACCCAAUAACUCAGACAAAUCCUUGCAAGCCUCCAGUUUUGGAAGAAGGAAGUCCUGUGGCGUCAGACCUUUCCCCGUUGAAAAAUGGAGAAGCUCUUGCAUUAGAGAGCAAAUUAACUGCUCCUGAUACAACCCAGACUGGUAGUGUUGAUGUUAAUUUUGUAACUGAGGUUAACAGAACAAAUUUGAUGGACCCUCUUCUUUCUCAAUCAAGUAGUGACAUAGAUUUUCACAAGAGAAUUUCAUUUUCGGAUGAUUCUUCAGACAAAUGCUUGGGGAAAACCAAUGAAGAAGAAAGUGGACUCUUCAGCAGAAGCGAUUCGGAAGAAAUAUGUGGACCAUUAGGUGACAAAAGUAGCUUGUACUAUAGAGAUUCAGUGAAUGUUUUAAACAGUGAAGAAGAUUCUACUGAGUUUUUCACUGAUAAAGAUGACGACAAAAAUAUUCUUUCUAAUAAAUUAAAUGACCAGGAAAGUGGUACUGGAGCUGAUUUAGAAUCAGAAACUACCUCACAGUCCGAAGAAUAUGAAAUUAAUAAAGAGACAAUGGCCAUGGUUAAAACAUUUGCAUCCCAGUCCAUGUUAAGUGGAAAGCCUAAGGAACGCUGCCAGUCCAACCUCCCUGCAUUCUCUGUUUCUUAUAAGAACAUGAAGAGAAGUCCAUCACAGGUCUCUCUGGAUACCAUUUCUAUUGAUAGCAUGAUGUUAGAAGAACAUUUACUAGAGAGUGAUGGAAGUGAUAGCCAAAGUUUUCUCGAGAAAGAAGCUAUUGCAGUUAUGAAUUACCAAAGUCCCCCAGAAAAUGUCCAUGAAGAAGAACCAGGGAUUGAGAACUGUGGUGGAUCAUCUCCAGAUGCCAUCAGUGCAGCUUCAGAAAGUGUUCAAGAGACUAAUGAAGAAAUGAUGUCUGUUGUAGUUUUUAAAAUGUUUGACAUUAAUGGUGAAAUUGACAUCAGAGGUGAAGACACACAAGUCUGCCUUCAGGUGAACCAGGUGAUGCCAAACCAGUUGGGCAAUAUCAGUGUUCGACAUUAUCUUUGCAACAGAACCAUAGGUUCUGAUCAUAAAUCUGUGGCUGGACCAAUUAAAUCAUCACCUGAAAUCAGUUUGAGAUGGGAAACUGGUCCUAGUGCUGGAAUACACUCUCUGCUGGCUGUAAAAAAUGGUUUUCUGCAGUGUCACUUAGAUAAUUUUAGUGCUGACUUCCUAAUAUCUUCCCUCACAAACAUUCAGCAUUUUCUAGAAGAUGAAACUGUUGCAGCCGUAAUGCCUAUGAAAAUAAGAGUUUCUAAUACAACAAUUAAUUUAAAAGAUGACGGCCCACGUGAUAAUCUCACAGCUCCUGAACCAGUCCCUAUAACUCUACAUAUUGACCUACUUCUGCUAGAGAGGAAUGAUGAUGGCUCUUUUUGCAUUAGAGAUAAUCAAACAAUAAAUGAUGCAUCGGUGUACAAGGAGUCAAGCAAGAUGAUGCAGCCAGUUGGUAGAGUUUCCAAACACAAAACAAAGGAUCAAGCCACCCAGGCAUCUCCAGAAAUUCCCAUACUUUCCAAAUCAAGUAGGAUUUCAACUGACCUCCACAGACAAGAGCUUAUUGAAGAAAACGAAUAUCUUAGACAAGAACUAUCCAAAGCUAAAAUGGCUCUAGCUGAACUGCAUAUGGAAAAAGAUAACCUGCUUCAUCGAAUAAAGAGGAUGACUCUUGGACAUUAACAGUAAUGGAUAACAAUACUUGAUUGUUGUAGGAAGGGCUGCACUUAAUACUGUUUGUGAAUUAGUAGAGGACUGUUUCUUGUCACAAGCAUAGAACACGUUUGGAAUAAUUACUAUUCUGAAUACUUGCAGAAGACUUAGAAUAAGACAUUACAAUUGUUUUCCUCUAGCCCUCCUGAAACUGCAGUGAAGCAGGAAAAUCAAUUUAUAUUGUAUUUUACUAAUUUACUUAACAAUAAGGACAUGAUACUUUAAUUUGAAUAAUAUCAAAGGAAAUGUUGUUUGGAGAACACUUCUGAAAAUGCACUUGUUCCAAUAGCAGAGGAAGGUGCCUUUGUGACUAAGUAAAAUAUACCGUGCAUCAUUGAUACUGUGUUGUUAUUGGUUAAGAUUUAAAUGCAUCAAAAAGUAUCUUUUAAAAGAGAUUACAUUUGCACGAUCAUUUUGUGGCUAGAUCCUAUGGUGCAAUGUAGCUAUGGUAUUAUAACCAUCCGUAAGCAGAAGGCCAAUGUAACUGGCCCAGAGAAGGUCUCACACUUUUAAAAGAGUAAUCUUGCAGUGGAAAUUGGUUCAUAGAUUGUUCCUUUCCACUGUUGGUGUAUCAAGGUAAAAGAGCAGGAUCUUAUGAAAAGGGAUGUAGAUUUGGACGUCCCUGCAUAUACCUUUACUCUGCCACAGUGCGGCUUUUGUAGCUGGUGUAAUUUAAAGCAUCCCUUAGACUGUUGUACCAUGUGCAGAGGACUGGCCCUGUAUAAAGGAAGCAACAGAACUGGGGGUGAGGGAGGAGGAGAAGGGGGAGGCGUAUGCAAAGGUGAGUUGCUGUUGCCCUGCAUGGCUCAUCGGUCACACCCAAGGAUCUGGCCCAAUGUAUUUAAUUCUAAUUGUUCAAUUACUGUAACAUAAAAUAAAAAGGGGAAAAACAAAACACUAAGAUUGAUAAAUUGUAUAUUAAUGUUUGGGAGGAAUAAAACUUUAGAGAAUCAUUAAUUACCCUGCUAAACUUAUGAGAUUUAAAUGAAAAUGUAACUAUACAGUUUAAACUAUGGGUGAUUUGUACAAAUUGAAGUAUAAUUUUCAGUUAAAAGAAUUGGUACAAAUGUAUAAAUAAAAAAAACACAAAAUUGUAAUACACGGAAUUUAAGACUGUGCUUCUAAACAUUAUGACACUUUGCUUUUGUGACUCUGAAUCUGGCAACUGAAAGCAUUUUGAUUGAGUGAGGGUUUUUUUUGAGUAUUUAGACUAUUAUUGAAAUGAUUUUAAAUUCAAUGCUUGUUUGUUUGUUUUUUUAAAUAAGGUUUACCUAUAACAUUUAGAAUUUACAUUGAUGGAAAUUAUUUGUUAAAAUCUCUAUAUUUUUUUUUAUUCCAGUUUUUAUGAGAAUAGUGGAUUGUACUACUCAAGAGCCCUUGUCCUGAAACCCUUACUCUGACAUCCCCAAUCACACCAGUGGAAAUUUUACUAGAGUACAGAAUAAAAAAACUAAUCCCAGACCAGCUUUAAUAGAGAAGCUAAAUACCUGGAAACAGGCUUUUAGAACAGUGAAACUUGACUGUAAUGGGUCUGAUUUAAAAUACAUUUAUUGUCAGACUCGGCAGGCCAGCUUCUUAGCUAGAGUAUAUUUGCCUAGUUCCACUGAAAGCAGCGUAGCUAAUCCAGUUUACACUAGCUAAGGAUCUGGCCCUAAAUAUUUUGGGUAAAGAAAUGUAGAGUGCUUGCUUUCAUGUUCUUAAGUUUGUGCAUUAUACUUUGAGAUUUCUUACUUAUAAACCAAACCAAUACCAAACUCAGAUUCUUGUUGAUACAAGGUAUUCUUUGCUGUGUUUUAGAAAUCUGCUGAUGGUAAUAUUGUAUAUGUUGGCUCUUCUAAUCUUUCACAGCACAACACUGAAUGCUCUUCCAACCCAGAGCAGUGUCACAAUACUAGACAGUACUUGGGAACAGUUCAAAAGAUUUGGGUGUAUAUUUUGUCCAGAUUUAACAUUACCGAGAAGGGUAAUAUCCUGUCAUGUUAAUCCAUGUUUUCUUUUGAAAUAAUUUAAAAAGGAAAGCUAAUUUAUUAAUAUUUGAAAUGAAAAAAGAUUAAAACAAAGUCUUAAUAUGUUAAACUGAAAAUAGCAGUUGGUGGCCUCAGAUUAAAUACAAGGCUGUAAUUUGUGUUCAGGGCUCUGCUGUCAUUCAUAAAACACUCAAGUCCUAGUUUUAAAAUUCAUAUUAUCAGCAGAGCCUCUUGAGUGAAUCAUGGUUUUUUGUUCAAAGAAGGGACAUCAAUUAUCCUAAGCUGAGGAGAGAGAAUGGGGAGAAAGUAAGUUUUCAGUGAAAAUUUAAGCUCUGAAGGUCUCAGGGUGGAAGUGUUGCAGCAGCUGUAUUUGCUAGUUUCUAUGUUGAUUUCAUUUAGGCUUCUGAUUAAUUUGAUACUAAUCCAACUUUGUUAUAUGGACAAGCUAAUGAUUACAGAUUUACUCACCUUUAGAUCCCAGGUUAGCUCACUGAAUCACCCCAGUACCUCCUAUGUUUAUAGUGUUCACAUCAAUCACUGAGCCAUGCUAUUAGUAAGCAACAACUGAAGAGUCUUGAAUUCCUUGCAAAGCAGCAAAUGCAUAAUGGAGCUCCAUGAACACAUCCACUGCUGUCCCAGUAACUCCUGCCUUUCUUUAUUCUCCUCAACAUAAAGCCAGCCUACCAGUCUUCUUGCAGAUCUAACUUGCCCUGCCAUGCAGCUGCUAGGGUUUCCUCCUCUUCCCUUUCCCAUCCUACCUAACAGCCUAAUUAGAACGCUCCAGCAUUGCUGCAGUAUCACAUGUAUUAAGCUCCUGUGCAUUUUAAAUUGGCCACAGGGCGCUUAUCUAAACCUCAUUCCACUAGGUUUAGAUAAAGUGUACUGCAGACAUUUUUAAAUGCAAGGGGGCUUAAUACAUGUGGCACCGCGGCAUUUAAGUUAGAGCAGCUCUCUGGCAACCGCUCUAAUUAAAAUGCCCACCCCCCACCUCAAGCAAUUGUAUAGGGAGCCAAAAUGCAGCUAAAAGCAGCUACAGUAGUCUGACAGUUGGUAUGGAUUCUCACCUCAAAUGGGAGAAGCUUUCUACAUUCCAGAAAUGCGUAAAUUGCCACAGAUGUAGGUCUGGCAUCAGCUGGUCAAAAAGGUAUUUCACAGGUAAAAACUAAGACACCUAAAAACAACAACAAACUGGGUAGCCAUGUAAUUGGAUCCCUGUUUUGUUUGUCCUCCUACCAUAGCCCCUUCCUUUUCCCUGUUGCUGUCAAUCAUAAUUAUGUAAACAUAAGGGAUCGCUAAGCUUAUAUGUAUAUAUUUAGUCAUGACUGAUAUGAAAUAUUAUGUAAGUCAAGAAAACUUCAGGCUAUCAUUUUGAAAACAAAAAUGCAAAGUUAUAUAAUUAGGUAAACAAUUUUAAAAUGUUUGUAGUCCCUGAACAGAGGAUAUCAAGUUACUAAAUCUCUGUGUUAAUGAGAUUGGGAGGGCAGCCAGAACUGCUUUUUGGCCCAAGAAAUGGUCUUGGCUGGAAAGAACAGAUUGAUUCAGAUUGUUGUGGGACAAAAUAGUUUUUGAAUAACCAGGGCUGGGUAUAGUCAGCCAAUCUGUCCACAUCUUAUAAAUGGACAGCGAGUCAGUCAUACACAGACACUGCGGAAGUGAAUGAUUCUUGAGGCAAAGAACAGCAAUCUAACUUAAUCUAUGGAACAAAUCUGCAUGCCUUCUACCUGAUUUCAGACCAACAUUGCUAACUAUUUUUCUCUUGUCAUUAUGUUAUUGUAGCUUAAUUCAUCAUCAUCAUCAUCAUGCAUUGGGCCCAUUAACUGUGGUGAAGCAAUAUCUUCAUUACAAUAAGAAGACAUUGUACCAGUCAUUAAUGAUGAUUGGGAGCAUAACAGUGCCCUGUAGCAACAAGAAUUGUGCAAAAAUGUAGAUAUUCUCUAACGAGUAAAACAGAUAGAUUACCUAAGGUUCCAGAUAAAAUAACUUCAAACCAUUCUUUCCCUAUACCAGGGGUUGGCAGCCUGUAGGCAAGAACUGGGCUGCAGACCCAUGUGAUCUAGCUCAUAGAAGUGGUGUUUCAUCAGUGGGAGACUUCAGCAACAGACUGAAGUCUGCUUUACUGUGCUGCUGCAGGGAAAAGUGGUAGCAGUGGCUGAGUCCUAGCGCCUUGCCUAUCCACCAGCCUCUGACCCAAACUAGGUCACUGGUCCACAGCCUACAAAUAUUACUGACUACUGUCAUUGUUAAAGACCUUAACUUUUGUUAUUCUCCCUUAGACUACCACUAGAUGGUAGUGCAAGAAUUUUUUUUAUAUUCUGCUUCAUUUCCUUAUGGUUACCAAUAUACCAUCUCUGCUUGAUUCCUUGUCAUGUCCUGAGCAAUUUCAUUAAAUCUUUCAAAAUUUCA